AUGUGGCUGGUACAAUUAGUGUUUACUUGUUUGGUGAUAAUUAAUUGUUCAGUUUACAGCGCAAUAAUCCUUGAUGAUUUCCGACAGCAAGCUCUUGGUCAACAUAAUUAUUUUCGUGAACGUCAUUGUACUCCUUCAAUGAUAUUAAAUUCAACGUUAAACACUAUUGCACAGAAUUAUGCUGACUAUUUGGCGGCGAACAAUCUAUUUCAACAUAGCGGAGCUGCAGGAUUAGGUGAAAAUCUUUGGGGUAUGUCAUCAUCAGCUGUAAUAACCUUUGUCAAUGGUUCGACGCCAACUACUAGUUGGUACAACGAGAUCUCCUUGUACAAUUACAGUGAUCCAGGUUUUUCAUUAUCGACAGGUCAUUUUACUCAAGUUAUAUGGAAAAGAUCAAUACAAUUAGGCAUUGGUAUUGCACUUAGCAACAAUAGCAAGUCUGCUAGAGUCGUUGGAAACUAUUACCCUGCUGGAAAUGUGAUUGGAUCAUUUCCUGAUAAUGUACUAGAACUAUGUUCAAAUGCAGUUGGAGGAGAUUGA